UCCUUACUUCGUCAAUUUCUUUCUCCUUUUACUCUUCUUUCUUCGGUAAAUACCUACCACAAUUCACAUAAAUACCCACCACGAUUCACAGUGUCGGGUUUUUCAUCGUUUUCGAAUUUCCUGCAACUUCCGGAUUUGCUCGUUUUUUUCGGGUUUUCACAGUUCCAGCAUCUCAGCCGGUUCAUAAUUUUGUGACCCGGGUUUUUUAUUUCCCUCCUACUUUUUAUUUUGUCUCCUCAUUUUUCUGCUUAGUUUUUUCUUUUGCCCUAAUUUUCCUAUUCUUGACCUUGUUUUCAUUGUCGUGCCAUUCUAUCUUUCUUGUCGAUUUUUUUUAAGAAAUCCUUAUCUCGUUACUAGAAUGAAAAUAUCUCUUCUAUGAGGAUUCUCUCUCCCAUCGUGACGGGUUUUGAUUUGCAGAUUCCAAGAAGUUUUCAAGCAAUAUCUAUUUACGGCAACAUAUUUUGAAAUAGGCUGUAAGGGCAGCAUAGAUCUAAUUUACAAGAAAGAUGUCUCGCAUUGAAAAAUCUAAGAGGAAUGGAAAAGGAGUACAAAAAAAGCAUACUCUUCGUGAUGAUUAUGAUGACACUGAAUAUGAGGACACUCGAGUAGAUAGAGCUGGUGCCGCCCGACCACAAGUACUGUCGCAGGAGGUGAAUGACGUCGUUACACAUUCCAUGGAACGUGCAAAGAACACUCAAUUUGCACAAGAAAAGAACAAGAAAAAACGUGAUCCAACGACAAUGAAUUUGUUCACCAGAGGGCCGGGGCAAAUGAUGCAAGUGAGUUUUAAUACACUUGGACAACCCAUUGGUACAAAUUCGAAAAAGCUUGUGUCUUAUCUUGGUGUGAUAGCACGUCAGCAUAUCCCUAUUGUCAUACAAUGGAAGAAUAUUCAUGAGGAGAAUUGGAAAACCUUGAAGGAUGAUCUAUGGGUUCUGGUUAAGGUAAUCAUAUAUAAUAAAUUUUCAAUAGGUUGAGUAUUAUAUAAUUAGAUGUUUCAUU